UGUGGGCGGCCUCGAGCCGCUGGACGGAACUGGGGGAGUGGAGCGCGCGGGCCCCGCGGGAAGUCGUCUUUCACCUCUGACUUCCGGGGACCGGCGAGCGAGCGGCAGGAGCGGGUGGCCGUGAGGAGGGAGAGGAGCUUGGGGCCGGGUCUCGGGUACGAGCCGAGCCCCAGGCCCCGGGCCAGAGAAAGGGAGGAGCUUUCGGGGCCGCCAACAUGAAGUUAUGCAUCCUCAUCCUCUCCAUCUGGUCCCCUGUGCUGCUGGCGGGGAGACCCCCGAACGAGCCCGGCUAUGACUCUCAUCCUCCGAACGAGAAGCUUGAUUCCAUGCUAUCAGACUAUGAUAUCCUUUCUCUGUCAAACAUCCAGCAACACUCCUUGAGGAAAAGAGAUCUACAGACAGCCUCACAUUUAGAAAGAUUAUUGACUUUUUCAGCCUUACAUAGGCAUUUUAAAGUAUAUCUAACAUCAAGUGCUGAACGCUUUUCACAAAAUUUCAAAGUAUUGGUCGUGGAUGGGAAAGAAGAGCAAGAAUAUCCUGUAAAAUGGCAAGAUUUUUUCACAGGGCAUGUAGUAGGUGAACACAAUUCCAGGGUUCUGGCCCAUAUAGGUGAUGAUGACUUUACAGUAAGAAUCAAUACAGAUGGGGCAGAAUAUAACAUAGAGCCACUCUGGAGAUUUAUUAAUGAUACCCAGGACAAGAGGAUGUUGGUUUAUAAGUCUGAAGAUAUCAAAAAUGUUUCACGUUUCCAGUCUCCAAAAGUAUGUGGUUAUUUGAAAAUUGAAAAGGAAGAACUGCUCCCUAAAGGACUAGAAGACAGGGAACAACAUACAGUGUAUGUUCAUCGGGAGAAGAGAGCUCCUCCAAAUCCAUUGAAGAAUACAUGCAAGUUACUGGUGGUAGCAGACCAUCGUUUUUUCAAGUACAUGGGCAGAGGGGAAGAGAGCACAACUACAAAUUACUUAAUUGAGCUGAUUGACAGAGUUGAUGACAUCUAUCGGAAUACAUCCUGGGACAAUGCAGGUUUUAAAGGUUAUGGCAUACAGAUAGAACAGAUUCGUAUCCUCAAGACACCUCAGGAGGUAAAACCUGGUGAAAGGCACUUUAACAUGGCAAAAAGUUAUCAUGAAGAGAAGGAUGCUUGGGAUGUGAAAAUGUUACUAGAGCAAUUUAGCUUUGAUAUAGCUGAGGAUGCAUCAAAAGGUUUGCCUUGCACAUCUUUCACAUACCAAGAUUUUGAUAUGGGAACUCGAUUAGCAUAUGUUGGAUCUCCCAGAUCAAACAGUCAUGGAGGUGUUUGUCCAAAAGCUUAUUAUAGCUCAGUUGGGAAAAAGAACAUCUUUCUGAACAGUGGUUUGACCAGCACAAAAAAUUACGGUAAAACCAUCCUUACAAAGGAGGCUGAUUUGGUUACAACUCAUGAAUUGGGCCACAACUUUGGAGCAGAACAUGAUCCCGAUGGCUUAGCAGAAUGUGCCCCAAAUGAAGCAGGUGGAAAAUAUGUUAUGUAUCCAAUAGCUGUGAGGGGAGACCAUGAGAAUAAUAAGAUGUUUUCAAACUGCAGUAAACAAUCCAUCUUCAAGACUAUCGAAAGUAGGCUCGGGAAGUGUUUUCAAGAACGCAACAAACAAUGUGUUGGGAAUUCCAGGGUGGAUGAAGGAGAAGAAUGUGAUCCUGGCAUUAUGUAUCUGAACAAUGAUACCUGUUGCAAUACAAACUGUACUUUGAAAAAAGGAGUUCAGUGUAGCGAUAGAAAUAGUCCUUGCUGUAAAAACUGUCAGUUUGAGACAGCUGAGAAGAAGUGCCAAGAAGCCAUUAAUGCUACCUGCAAAGGCGUAUCCUACUGUACAGGUAACAGCAGUGAAUGCCCCCCUCCUGGAAAUGCUGCAGAUGAUACUGUUUGCUUGGAUUUAGGAAAGUGUAAAGAUGGAGAGUGUAUUCCCUUCUGUGAGAGGGAGAAGAAUCUCCAGUCUUGUGCAUGUAAUGAAACUGACCACUCUUGCAAAGUGUGCUGUAGGGAUGAAUCUGGCCGAUGUGUUCCAUACCUUGAUGCUUAUAAUAACUUCUUAUAUUUGAGGAAAGGAAAGCCCUGUACUGUGGGAUUUUGUGACAUGAAUGGUAAAUGUGAAAAACGAGUACAGGAUGUAAUAGAGCGAUUUUGGGAUUUCAUUGAUCAGCUGAGCAUCAAUACAUUUGGGAAGUUUUUAGCAGACAAUAUUGUUGGUUCAGUCCUCGUCUUUUCCUUGAUUUUGUGGAUUCCCCUCAGCAUUCUUGUCCAUUGUGUGGACAAGAAAUUGGAUAAAGAGUAUGAGUCUUUGUCUUUGUUUCACCCCAGUAAUGUGGAAAUGUUGAGUAGCAUGGACUCUGCAUCUGUUCGCAUCAUCAAACCAUUUCCUGUGCCUCAACCCCCGGGUAGACUUCAGCCCCUCCAGCCUGCUCCAGUGAUGCCCUCAGUGGCUCCAAAGCUGGACCACCAAAGGAUGGACACCAUUCAGGAAGACCCGAGCACUGAUUCAGUCCUUGAUGAAGAUGGCUUUGAGAAGGAUCCUUUCCCAAAUAGCAGCUCAGCUGCAAAGUCUUUUGAGGAUCUUACAGACCAUCCUGUCACAAGGAGUGAAAAGGCAUCCUCUUUUAAAUUACAACGCCAAAGUCGAGUGGACAGCAAAGAAACAGAAUGCUAAUUUAGGGUUUUUGCCUCAAGCUUUCUUGACUUACCUGUUCAAAAUAAUUUUUAUUACAUUAUAUAUUUCAAGGGACUGGUUAGGAAAUGGGACAAAUAAGGAAGUGACUUAACAGCAGAUGCUGGGCAUGUGUUUGACCUUCCUUUACUGAAAUAAUCAUCAUGUGUUUAGUCUUAGCCCAUUUUUCCUUUCAAGGAGGUAAGCUUGUUUUGAAGCUUUUUGGUUUGAUUUAGGUUUUUUGAAUCUUUAAAAUGUACUUGUAACCUGUGGUGCAAAAAGCAAAAAAUCUAGCUGAAUCAGACUGUGUGUAUAUUUGCUUUUUGUAAUUUAACUUUGUAUUCCUAAUAGCACUGAUUAGAGAGGUGAGAUUUUUUUUUGUUUGUUUUCAAAUGAAAAUUGAGCUGAACUAAAAUCUUGUGUUAAAUGAUCUAAAUGUGGGUUUCAGAUGUUACCAAGAGCCUUUGGCAGAUAGUCAUAAAAUCUGAUCUUAGAAAUAAUUUCAAUUGGUGAAGAGUUAAUCUAGAUUCACAGUUGAGGGAAGAGGGGACAUUUAAACAUAUACAUAUGUGUUUAUGAACAUAUACAUAUAUGUUUUCAUGUAUACAUUUGUGUGUGUACACACAUACACACACAUAUAUAUAUAUAUACACACAGAGAGCUAGAACUCCCUGUUUCUUUUAUAAGAGCCUUCCAAAUGUUUAGCCCCCAUCUGCUGGUUAUUGUCUUCUUUGUGAAUUCCUGUUGCCAAAACUUUUUUCAAAUGUCUCUUAUUUAAAGGAGUCUGUACCAUUGGGCAGGAAAGCUGACUGACAUGUGUUGCUCUUGGAUUGAUAAAAAUGCAUCAACAAGAACACAGAAAAGAUGAUUCUUAACAUUGAUAGCAAUACAAAGUAUGAAAAAUUAGCCACAAGUAACUUAAAAUGUGGUUAUAGAUCAGUCAACUUAUCAAGCAGACAAAUAGUAGUCUUUCUCUUUGAGCUGGGUGGUAUCUGUCACUGGAAAGUUUGGCAAAUAUACUUGCAAUACUUGCUGCUUUUGGAUGUUCCCAGGAUCCUGAAAAAUUGCCAAUUGCUAUGUGAAUAAUCAAAUCAUUACAGUUAAUUUUGAUUUACACAGAAUUAUGGAGUUGAAAGCAUUUCUAAGUACUGAUAAACAGUGCUUACCAGCCAAGAUAUUUUAAUUCAGCUUGUAUUUAUAAAAUUAAUGGAAAUUAACCAAACCUUUGACAAAAUGUUUUUUCUCAAGAAUAUAUUUGUUACAUGGAUUCUUGUUACAUUAAUACUUGAAACUUGUGCCUUAUGGUAUUGUUAUUGUUAACUAUUCAUUAUGCUAUAGUUUUAGAUAUACUUUUGGAAUUUGAUCACUGGGGUGUGUGGGUGUGUGUACGAAAAUGUGAGAGAUCCAUAUAAUUUCUAGGAAAAUGUAAUAUAACCAUUUUUUAUAAAAUUUUAUGACUUUUUUUAAAACAAAAUUGUCUUUGCCUUUUCCCCAUGUAUAGAAUUAACAAGAUGCUCAGCAUGGAAUUUGUAACUAUGGAACUGGUACUACUUGCCUUAAAUUGUUAAUAAAUAUUUAAUAACAUCAAAAUGGUGUUCCUAAUUUAGCAGUCCAAUAAAUACCUUGUAAUUUACAUAUAAAA